ACUGCCCAUUAAACAACACUCAGUAAAAAUAUAAAAAAGUACAAAAAAACAAAGUUUUUAUUAAUUAAGAAAAAUCAACUAAAACCACAAUGAAUCGCAUCGACCUCACCCUGGACGACAUGGCCAACAACAAGUUCCUCACGAUAUACAAUAGUCUGAUCAAGAGCUUCACCGCCUCUACGGAAUUCUCUUCCAACGAUGUGGUCAGCUUGCUGAUCGUGUUCUACAAAUAUGCCCUCAACAACGGAUCCCGCUUGAUGUCCACCAACCAGCUCUACAACCUAUUCCUCGUCAGCUUUGGGAUCUUCGAUACAACGAUCAUCGACCGAAUUCUGAUGAAUAUCACGCUGGACGGUCGCUCCGUCUCUCCAGAAGCCUGGAUGCGACUGUUUUGCGUCUUCUUCACCGGAAAUCUGCAGGAGCGAAUGAAAUUUGCAUUUGAGGUUUUCACGAGCGCUGGUACAGUGGUUCUGAAUCGUGAGGUGGUCGGCUUGGCCAUUGAAAAAUUCUUCUAUGGCGAUGACGAUGAUGAGAUCAAUGAACUCCGAGCGGACAUGUGUGAAUUCAUAUUCUCCAAAUUCGACACGGACAAAGAUGGAAUCAUAUCCUUUGAAGAGUAUUCCGAAAUAGUCCAAAAUCAGCCAGGACUGCUCGAGUUUUUGGGGAAAAUAUUUCCAGACGACAAGGACAGAUCAUUGGUUGCAUACUGCCACAACAUUGAGUCAAUGUUUCCGCCAGAAGAUGAAUUUUAAAAUAAAACGCUUUUCUUUGUGGA